UCACCUAUGACUGAACAUUUUAUAUAUGUCAAUUGGGCUUUUGUCAUAUGUGAAAAUAUUUGAUGUUGGUUGCUGGCAUCCCAAGGAGAUGACUGAGAUGCUGGUUUUGUUUUGGUUUUAUGGUUUUUAUAGUUCUGGAUUUUAUUGUUUUCCUUAAUCGCCCAGAGUUGUGUUUUUAGAUGGGCAGCCAUACAAAUAUUUUAAAUAAAUUAUCCUCUAUUUAAUCUUUUUCCAAGACAUUUGGUCUUUAAGCACCUUGCAGGGAUCUAUGUAUGGUGUUUUUUAAGAAGAAUAGACAAAUGUUGCUGUUUGAUGACGUUAAAGGUAUUGGAAGCUGUUCCUAGUAAAGGUGUCUUUUGCAAUUGACUUGCUGUGAUUUUGUCAUUGCGGAUGGUAUUCAAAUGAAGCUCCAGAUGUUUUGGGAUUGCACCUGUUACUAUUGGUACCACCUUCCGCUUGUAUUUGCAGGUUGUCGUCGUUAUUAAUUAAAUUUACAUGCCUCCCAAUUCCCAACAUCUUUGGGUGGUUUAUAGAUAUUUCAUUUAUAUGAAAUAAAUUUAAACAAUAGUUAAUGUGAUUAUUCAGCAAGUAUUUACAUUCCUCCUUAGAAUGAGAGAGUCAGAGGACACCACGAAGCCUUUUGCCUAAUCUACUCCUGCAUGAAUUCAAAUUAAAACAUCUUUGACAGGUGCCUGCCUAGCCUCCAUCUCAACUUCCACCUUCCUAGAAAGUUGGUUUCACUCAUAAAUUAACUUAAAUCUAUUAUUUUGUGCCCUGUAUUUUCGGAGUAGAGGAACAGGUCUUUUCUUUCCUCCGAGUGAUAUCUAUUCAGGUAUUAUAUUCAACAUUUUACUCCCAAGGAAACACACCUAUAGAGCUACAAUCUUAUGCCUCAGGGAAUAAUCCGCAUUGUAAGGAGCAAGACUGGUUUCCAAGUCAGAUUACUGAGAACCGAACGAUGUUACGGAGCGUCCUGAAAGUCUGAUACCCGGUUUCUUCUUCUUUGUCCACCCACUUCCUAUUAACUCUCAGAUCCUGUUCUGCGGGGGCAACAAACCCAGUUCUAAAGUUUUCUACGCGCUACAAAGUACUAUUGUGUAACGCUACCUUUGCAGCACUAUUUACUCUCACUCGGAAGGAGGAAAGGAAAACUCUCUCCCGCUAUUUUGUGGCAGGAGGCGGCGGCUCGAGGCGAGGGCGGGGGGAGUCGUGUGCAUUCUUUCAUCUCCGCGCUCUUUUGCGCCUUUUAAUUUCUUCCUCGGAUCCUGCAGGGGUCGCUGCUACCUUACUUUGAGGCUGGCCUCUCCCUGCCGCUCAGUGGCGGGGUCUCGCGGAACGGAGGACUCGUUGCCGCCAUUUUGAAGCUGACGGAAAGGGGGGGACCGCGGUGAGCUGCGGAAGGCGAUUGGCUGCGUUGGCGAGCGACGGCGGUAGCGGCGGCUGCUCCAGCCUAGCCUAGCCUAACGCGGCGGGCCGGAGAGGAGCGUAGGUAGGGGCUCGCUCUGCCUCGUCUCCGCUGGUGGAAGAAGCAGAAACGGCGACGGCAGUCAGCCACGGGAAGGUUUAAAAUAGCACUAUGGCUCAUUCAAAGACAAGAGCCAAUGAUGGAAAAAUUACAUACCCUCCAGGAGUUAAAGAAAUAUCUGACAAAAUUUCAAAAGAAGAGAUGGUACGAAGAUUAAAAAUGGUUGUAAAAACCUUUAUGGAUAUGGACCAGGACUCUGAAGAGGAAAAAGAAUUGUAUCUAAAUCUUGCUUUACAUCUUGCUUCUGAUUUUUUUCUUAAGCAUCCUGACAAAGAUGUGCGCUUGCUUGUUGCAUGUUGUCUUGCUGAUAUUUUUAGAAUAUAUGCUCCUGAAGCACCAUAUACUUCACCUGAUAAACUUAAGGAUAUAUUUAUGUUCAUCACAAGACAACUGAAAGGAUUAGAAGAUACAAAAAGCCCACAAUUCAACAGAUAUUUUUAUUUAUUAGAGAAUAUUGCAUGGGUUAAAUCUUACAACAUAUGCUUUGAACUGGAAGAUAGCAAUGAAAUUUUUACGCAACUAUACAGAACGUUAUUUUCUGUGAUCAACAAUGGUCAUAACCAGAAGGUUCAUAUGCAUAUGGUAGAUUUGAUGAGUUCUAUCAUUUGUGAAGGUGAUACAGUAUCGCAAGAGCUUUUGGAUACAGUUUUAGUUAAUCUAGUCCCUGCACAUAAGAAUUUAAACAAACAAGCGUAUGACUUGGCAAAGGCUUUACUGAAGAGAACAGCCCAGGCUAUUGAACCAUACAUUACUAAUUUCUUUAAUCAAGUGCUUAUGCUAGGAAAAACAUCCAUCAGUGAUCUCUCAGAACAUGUUUUUGAUUUAAUUUUGGAGCUAUAUAAUAUUGACAGCCAUCUUUUACUCUCAGUUUUGCCACAGCUUGAGUUUAAACUUAAGAGCAAUGACAAUGAGGAACGACUCCAGGUUGUAAAACUUCUUGCAAAAAUGUUUGGAGCAAAAGAUUCAGAACUGGCAGCUCAGAACAAACCCCUUUGGCAAUGCUACUUGGGAAGAUUUAAUGAUAUACAUGUACCUAUCCGUCUUGAAUGUGUGAAAUUUGCCAGUCACUGCCUUAUGAACCAUCCGGAUCUAGCGAAAGAUCUAACAGAAUAUCUUAAAGUGAGAUCUCAUGACCCUGAAGAAGCUAUUAGGCAUGAUGUUAUUGUAUCAAUAGUUACUGCUGCUAAGAAAGAUCUCCUACUUGUGAAUGAUCAUCUGCUUAAUUUUGUGAGAGAACGAACACUUGACAAACGGUGGAGGGUGAGAAAAGAAGCUAUGAUGGGACUUGCACAGAUAUACAAGAAAUAUUCUUUACAAUCAGAAGCUGGAAAAGAAGCUGCUAAACAAAUUGCUUGGAUUAAGGACAAAUUAUUACAUAUAUAUUACCAAAACAGUAUUGAUGAUCGAUUGCUGGUAGAACGAAUCUUUGCUCAGUAUAUGGUUCCACACAAUUUGGAAACAAAUGAAAGAAUGAAAUGCUUAUAUUACCUUUACGCAACACUUGAUUCUAAUGCUGUAAAGGCAUUGAAUGAAAUGUGGAAAUGUCAAAAUUUACUGAGGCAUCAAGUAAAAGAUUUGGUUGAUUUAAUCAAACAGACAAAGUCAGAUGCCAGCAGUAAAGCUAUAUUUUCCAAAGUGAUGGUAAUAACAAGAAAUUUGCCAGAUCCUGGCAAAGCACAGGAUUUUAUGAAGAAAUUCACUCAAGUUCUGGAAGAUGAUGACAAAAUAAAACACCAGUUGGAAAUGCUUGUUAGCCCAACUUGUUCAUGCAAACAAGCUGAAGGAUGUGUGCGUGAAAUUACAAAGAAGUUAGGCAAUCCCAAGCAACCUACAAACCCUUUUCUGGAAAUGGUAAAGUUCCUUUUAGAGAGGAUAGCUCCUGUGCACAUUGACACCGAAUCCAUCAGUGCCCUUAUUAAACAAGUAAACAAAUCCAUAGAUGGAACAGCAGAUGAUGAAGAUGAAGGUGUCCCUACUGAUCUGGCAAUCAGAGCAGGUCUUGAAUUGCUUAAGGUUCUUUCGUUUACCCACCCUAUCUCAUUCCAUUCAGCCGAAACAUUUGAAUCGCUUCUGGCCUGUUUAAAAAUGGAGGAUGAAAAAGUAGCUGAAGCUGCAUUACAGAUUUUUAAGAACACAGGAAGCAGAAUUGAGGAGAAUUUUUUACACAUCAGAUCAGCUUUACUUCCGGUUUUGCAACAUAAAGCUAAAAAAGGUCCUCCUCGACAGGCAAAGUAUGCCAUUCACUGCAUCCAUGCAAUAUUCUCCAGUAAAGAAACACAAUUCGCACAGAUAUUUGAGCCACUACAUAAGAGUCUCGAUCCAAGUAAUCUGGAACAUCUGAUUACACCACUGGUUUCCAUUGGCCACAUAGCCUUGCUGGCACCUGAUCAGUUUGCUGCCCCGCUGAAAUCUUUGGUGGCUACAUUUAUAGUUAAAGAUUUGUUAAUGAGUGACAGGAUUCCAGGAAAAAAAACAACUAAACUAUGGGUGCCAGAUGAAGAAGUUUCUCCUGAGACUCUUGUAAAGAUGCAGGCAAUUAAGAUGAUGGUUCGAUGGUUACUAGGAAUGAAGAAUAACCACAGUAAAUCAGGAACGUCUACGUUAAGACUGUUAACAACAAUCUUGCACAGUGAUGGAGAUCUAACUGAACAGGGGAAAAUUAGCAAACCUGAUAUGUCUCGUCUAAGGCUAGCUGCUGCUAGUGCUAUUGUUAAGCUGGCACAGGAACCUUGUUAUCAUGAAAUCAUCACAUUAGAACAAUACCAACUGUGUGCAUUAGCUAUCAAUGAUGAGUGUUACCAAGUUAGACAAGCAUUUGCUCAGAAACUUCACAAAGGCCUAUCAAGACUCAGGUUACCACUGGAAUAUAUGGCUAUUUGUGCACUGUGUGCAAAAGACCCAGUAAAGGAGAGAAGAGCUCAUGCCAGACAGUGCCUAGUAAAAAACAUAAAUGUGAGAAGAGAAUAUCUAAAGCAGCAUGCAGCAGUUAGUGAGAAACUUUUGUCUCUUCUACCAGAGUAUGUUGUUCCAUACACUAUCCAUCUUCUGGCACAUGAUCCUGAUUAUGUCAAAAUCCAAGACAUUGAACAACUAAAAGAUAUUAAAGAAUGUCUGUGGUUCAUACUAGAAAUAUUAAUGGCUAAAAAUGAAAAUAAUAGCCAUGCAUUUAUUAGAAAAAUGGUAGAGAAUAUUAAACAGACAAAAGAUGCUCAAGGACCCGAAGACACAAAAAUGAAUGAAAAACUUUAUACAGUAUGUGAUAUAGCAAUGAACAUCAUAAUGUCAAAGAGCACAACAUAUAGUUUGGAAUCUCCCAAAGACCCUGUAUUACCAGCUCGAUAUUUCACUCAACCUGACAAAAAUUUCAGUAAUACCAAAAACUAUUUGCCUCCAGAAAUGAAAUCAUUUUUUACUACAGGAAAGCCCAAAGCAGCCAAUGUUCUUGGAGCAAUUAAUAAGCCCCUUUCAUCAGCAGGCAAGCAAUCUCAAUCCAAAUCUUCUCGGAUGGAAACUGUAAGCAAUGCCAGUAGCAAUUCAAACCCAAGCUCACCUGGAAGAAUCAAAGGAAGGCUCGAUAGCACUGAACUAGACCACAGUGAAAAUGAAGACUAUACAAUGACGUCAUCUUUGCCAGGAAAGAAGAAUGAUAAAAGAGAUGAUUCUGAUAUUUCAGAGCUGGAAAAGCCCAGAAGUAGAAAGAAAAUGAUUACAGAUCCUGAGGAAAAGUUGGGUAUGGAUGAACUGAGCAAAUUAGGACAAGAACCAAAACUUAGAAGUAGCCAGCGAGGCAGAAAAAGGGCCGCAGUUAUUUCAGAGUCCGAGGAACCCCAGUGGUCAGAGGAAAAGAGGCUAAAAGAGAGUAUCUUAGAAAGUGAAGAUGAACAAAACAGCCCACCAAAGAAAGGAAGAAGAGGGCGGCCGCCAAAGGCCACCACAGGGACCAUACAAAAAGAAGAAUCAACAGUAAAAACAUCUAAAAGAGGGAGAAAAAAAGCUGCACCAGUUAAACCUGUGGAAGAGGAGGAAGAAGAAGAGGAGGAAGAAGAGGAGGAGGAAGAGGAGGAAGAAAGGCAGAUAGACAACAUAGAACAGAAGUCAAAAGGUCGACAGUACAAAGCACUCAAAAAAUCACAACAAAGAUCUGAAUCAUCAGAAAUAAGCACAGCUGAAUCCAACCAGUCUACACCACAAAAAAGACGAGGAAGACCACCAAAAGUUCCACCCACUCAGCAGAAGAAAGGAGGAGCUGGACGAUCAAAACAAACAGCAAGCAAAGAAAAUGAAUCUAGCGAAGAGAUGGAUGUAUUUCAAAGUAGUUCUCCCGUUCACGAUAUUCCUCAAGAAAUAACAAUGGAGGAGGAAGAAGAAGUAUCCUCAAUCAGAGUUCGUCGGAGGACAUCUAAAAGGGAAAGACGAUGAAGAGUCAUGCUCCUGCCAUUUUUAAAUGAUGUCACUCUUACCAUUUGCAAACUUUUAGGCUGAAGAGAAUUGUUGAUGCUCACAAUGGGAUUGCUGAAGAAAUUAAAUCACCCUAUUUCCUGCUUCUGCUUUUUGAAGCUCCUAGGUCAUGAGCAUAAUCCACACAUAUGUUUAUAUCAUUAACUAUGGGGUUUUGUGAAAUGUAACGUAUGCUGGCUAUAUAGACAAAAGAACUAAAAAAAAUUGUCUGUAAAUAAUCCUUUUUUUAAAAAAAGUAUUUCUGACUUUAAAGUGCUUGUAUAGCUUUUAUCACGGCUUUACACAGCAGUACCAGACUGUUUGGUAGAGCUAUUGAUUUGGGGAAAAAGACAAAAAAAAGUAAGAAUGGGUAUCAAGCAAUAUUUGUCAGUGUCUGUAUUCUUAUUUUUCUUGGCAUUUAACUGUGAAAAAAUCACUUUGACAAAAUAGUGACACUUGCUCUGACACUAUUUGUUAAAUAAAAAAAAAUACAUUCUCUUUAUGUAUCUAAUUCAGUGUUUACCUUUGGCAGUUGUCUGUCUUUGGAGGUGCCAAAUUGCUUUUAAACAAUGUGGGAGAAAACAGUACAUUCAGCUGCAGAUGUGUGAAAGAAUAGACUUUUAAUGCACCUCAGUAUUGAUAACAGAUUUCUCUGGAUUUCUUGUGGCAUUGAGCAUUUAAAAGAAUUUAAUAUUUUAAUUUUUAAAAUGUGUUAUUAAAUAAUGUAACAAAGCUGAUCCUCAUAUUUUCCUUAUUAGUUUUUGUUAAUCUGCUGUAUCAAUAAAAUUCUGUAACUGAAUUUUUAAUAGUCUAGUAUGUCAAUGUGUAUAUUCUCUCCUGAACGUUAUGUUCAUCAAACAAAUUAUUAUGUUAUAAUAUGAGACCUAAUAUCUGAGCUUUAGUGAAAAUACAGGUUUUAUUACCAUGUAAAUCAGAAAAUUUUAUUGAUGCAGUCUGUCUUUAUAAAGCUGUUUUUUCUUUAGAGCCAAGUGUUUUGUAUAUCACAGUAAGUUGCAUGUUUAUGAAAGAAAUGUAAUGGAAUUGCAAUGUAAUUUUUAAAGUCUUAUCUACAAGAUGCUACAUUGCCUCAUGAGAAAAAAUUUACCAAGAGUCUAUUGUACCUUUUUGGUUAGCCAAUAUUUUUUACGUUUGUGUGCUUGGGUAUAAGCAUGGACAGUUGGAAGAUUGAAGUAAUAAGAAAUGUGUUUGCAUUAGAAUGAUCAGCUGCAAAAUAUUUCAGUCAGGGUAUUCAAAAUUUGUAUGACAUUUCAGUUUAUGUUUUACAUUGAAGUGAUUGAACUUUGUUUCUUGGGUAGAAUUACAGAAAAUAGAGGAUAAACUAUUUUAAGACAUUGUCAUGUAUGCAGUUUUCCAAACUGUGUUUGAACCAAAAUGUAUAGGUUACUAUUUAUGCUUAGCCAUGCACAUAUUAUGGUUUCCCAUGCUGUUUUCCUCUUGUUCAAUAGCAGUAUAUGUGAGGAAUUCAAGUUUUAACUUAUUAAUAUUGUAUCCCAUGGAAUAAUGGAGCAUUGUCAUAAAUUAACAAGGACACCUUGUUAUAAUUCCAAGGGAAUAUAUAUAUAUAUCCUGGGAAAAGAUGAAAAGAUACAGUGAUUUGAAAACAUUUGCAAGUAUAUUUUUUAGAGGAAAACCAACUCUUUUCUAAGCUUUUUUAUUAUAAUUUGUAUUGGUUUUUUUUAAGCAGCAGCAAUAGAACAAAGGCAAACAGUUUGUGUUUAUCAAACUGUUCUACUUAAGUGCUUUUUCUAGUAGCUCUUUUAGCUGGUACUUACUGUUCUUGAGCUAUAUUGUAUUUUUAUGCCCAUAAUUUUGGGUAACAACAAUCAAAAAAACAUUAGCUAGAGGUGGCUCUGAAGACUAGAAAAUUGCCCACACAAUGUAACCUCAGUGGUUCAUAGAAUUUAGCAGUGCAAAUUAGAGUUUUUAUAUCUACAUAAAAUAAAAACAUAUAAUGUAUGACAUUAUCUUCACUGACAACAUUUCACUGACAUCAUUUUGCAGAGUAUAUCUAAACCAUUUUAUAUGAAGUAUGAAACAUUAAAACUGUUCACAGGCUUUUGAAGAUUUAUUUGCAUGAACAUAGUUUGGUCAUAUUUCCUUAAUAUUGCUGAAAAUCAAUUAAUCAUAAGAUGUUAAUGUAAAUUAAAUAUAUAA